AUGCCAUUAUGCGAUCUUUGCCAGUCGUUCGACGUCCUCGACAUCCCCAAGCUACCACCCGAUUACAAAAUCCAUACUGUCACUCGACGCGACUACCCGUGCCUAGUCCAAAUCAGUAGCCAACCUCUCAGGGACCUCUGGAAGAACAAGCAAGACCGUCCAAAGGAUCAAGAACCCAUUGGCAUACCCUUCCACCAAUCUAUCGAAGACCUCGAAGACGCCGCUGCCGAUGACUGCGCAAUUUGCAAGACCGUACAGCGCGAUGUCGCGCAGUUUCAGUCCGACUUCAGUGGGGCGAAGAAGGAACCUGGGAUUCGUGCCGAGUGUGGCGGAGGACCGGAUUGGAAGAUGUGUCUGGUUAGGGACGGCGAUCCGUUGGCCGCUGUCGUUCGAGGUCGCAAGACACUCUCCUCAUCGCCGCAUACACUUGCACAUGCCCUGAACUGGGUACGCGAUUGCGACAAGCAACGGACGGAUCGGCGCUGUCAUGUCGAUGCGGCACCUCUUCCAGCUCGUGUCUUGGAUAUACGAGACUCGACGCCACACAGAGUAGCGCUUUAUGAGCCCAUCGAAGGAGAACUGGGACGGUAUGCAGCACUGAGUUAUGUCUGGGGCGAUUCAAGCCCGUUCGCAACCACACGUGCCAAUAUCGAAGCCAACAAGAGGGGUAUCGAUACCGACCAGCUCCCAAAGACGUUUCAGGACGCCAUCCUCAUAGCCAGAGAAAUGGGAAUCGGCUAUCUAUGGAUCGACUCCCUCUGUAUCUGUCAAGACGACUCAGAAGACUGGUCGCGCGAGACAUCGCGCAUGGCCUCUGUCUACUCAAACGCCUACAUCAUGCUCUCCGCAACCGGUUCUCCAUCUUCUACAUCCGGUCUCACCAUUUUCUCACCCAACCGCCCCGCACCCAUCUACUCCCCUUUCUCAUACACAACCACAGAUGGUAUCAAAGGAACUCUCCACGCCUUCUCCUCCUCCCGCGAAACAGCCGCAAAGCCCUCCUGGGCGGGAGACAACGCACUGCUAAAGACCGAACCACUCAGCCAACGCGGCUGGGCGUUACAAGAACGCUGGCUCGCACCGCGUGUACUACAUUUCGGCACGGAGCAGAUGUUCUUCGAGUGCUACUGUUCCUUCCUCAGCGAGCAGGGUUUCUACCUACCAGGACGAGGGGAUACCCUUUUCCCAACUACAUCCCGUACCUUCCCAUCCCACACACACCCUUCCUCUUCGGAUAAACCUAUCCCAGAUAAAGACAACCCCACGCUACAUUGGCACGCAGUGCUAGACGCCUACUCCCGCCGUUCUCUAACCAAACCUUCGGAUAAACUGCCCGCCCUCUCUGGCCUCGCACGCACUUACGCUUCCUUGCUCCCUUCUCCAACCACCUACCUCGCGGGACACUGGUACCCAACCCUACUUCACGACCUAAUCUGGCAAGCCUGCGGCACGACAACCUCACCAGCAGUAUACCGCGCACCGAGCUGGUCCUGGGCCGCCAUCGACGGGCCGUUCGGCCUCUUCAGCCCGAACUCUGGUGUGGGGUGGGACAAGGGUGACUGGACCGCUCUAGCUAAGAUCCACGCUACGAGUAUCACGUUGAAGAGCGCCCAAAAUCCUUUCGGCGAGGUAACAGACGGGUAUAUAGACGUUAGCGCACCGCUAGAACGCUUGUACCCUUCUCCGGAACAGAGAGAAGGCGAGGGCGAUGUUUUCCCCAAUCGGCAGAAGGGUGCUGUGGCUCAGACGAGGGAGAAGUUGGAAGGAGACAUGGAGACUACGUAUACUUGUUUCGACACGCAGACUCAUACGGAAAGGGCGAGGGGGAGGGAGUUGUGGGCUGCGAUACUGUGGAAGCAUGUAAGGCCUGCGGAGAUGGAGAGAGAGGCAAGUUUUCAUGCGAUUAUUGUGGCGAGGGUGGAGGGGAGGGAGGGGAAUGUGUAUGAGAGGUUAGGUAAAGUUCCUUUUUCAGCGAAGGAUUUGGGGGUGUGUGAGUGGAUGGAUGAUGGGGGGUUGGUGGAGAGGUUUACUUUAGUGUGA